AUGACGUCGAGUUCGGACGAAGGCGAGAUCGUCGAGAACUGCGCAGAAGAUUUGAAGGCAACUUCACUGCAGCACACUGGAGGAAGCAGUGUUGACCGUCAAGACAGACACAAAGAUAGACAUUCGACUCCGGACCACGAUACGGCAUCUAGAUACAGCAAUAAUUCCCGACGAAGCAUUUCACCUCGUGGCUACAAGCGACCUCACGACGACAGAGGCCGAGAUCGAGAUUAUUACAACUCCCGGUCCCGCGAACAAGACCGAAGCUUUCGCCACAAUUACGAGGACGCUCGGCGCGAUGAUCACCGCAAGCCUCGCGGGCCGUACGAUGACCAACCUGCAUCGCGCGCAUCCAACUAUAGCCACGGUGGCCGCGAUCGGAGCCGCGACAGAGACAGCUAUCGCAACGGAGACCGAGAUCGAUAUUCCAAUAAACGACCUCGAAACAGGAGUCGCUCCCCUCACGGAUCUCGACGCGCAGACGGUGGCAGAUUAGAUCGGUUUGUGAAAGAAGGUCACGAUCGUCGCAACGGCGGGCCAAGAGAACUCAAGUACGAUGACAAUUCGCGGGAUGGUGGUUCAAUGUCCAAGAGGACGACUGUAGGAGAGGCUUCACGCGCCCAGGGAUAUAAUGCUAAACCUGAUCAAGGCCUUACCAAUGGACGUGGCCCUUCCAAGACUUCUCAGCAGCAGCCAGCAACUCAGCAAGAGCCCGAACGGAAACCGGAACCUGAGCCUGAGCCCGACUAUGAGGAGCCCGAGCCUAUUGACGAAGAAGCUGAGAUUGAACGACGCCGCAAGCGACGUGAGGAGAUCCUGGCUAAGUCCAGUUCGGCAACUCCUCUCCUACUCCAUGCUGUAGGAGCUGCGGCUACCAAAGCACGCGCUGAAUCCCCUGCAUCUACCGUACCCGACACGCCCGUCAGAAUGCAAUCCGAUAUUGAGAGCCCUCGUACCCCUCGAUCGGAUAUUGUAUCACCUCGCUCACCUGCAUCGCAUGUUGGAAUGUCACCUGGAGGAAUUAACCUCCUUGAUGAUAACGAACUGAUGAACUCUCAUGCAAAGGUCCAGGAUGAUGAAGAUGGCCCCUCUGCAGCUGACUAUGACCCCACUGGGGACAUGAAGGAGGACGAACGACGAGAUGAACUCCGACAUGGACACGUCGUACUUCAUGGUGAGCAGCAUCCCAUUGCAACAGAACAACAGCCACAGGAAGCAGUCGCAGAGAAGCCUGCCGAGAAGACUACCGAGAAGGCUGGCGAUGAUGAUGACGAUGACUUCGAUAUGUUUGCCGACGAUUUUGACGAGGAGAAGUAUGCGACCAAGCCUGUCGAGCCCGUCGCACCUAUUGAGGGUGAUGGUAAAGCCCCUGAUAUGCCAGCCAUUAAGGGAGGUAUUCUUGAAGGCGACGACAAGGACGGUUACUACAAGAUUCGUAUCGGUGAAGUCUUGAACGGUCGAUAUCAGAUCCAAGCAGCACUUGGAAGGGGUAUGUUCUCAGGCGUCGCCCGCGCCAUCGACAUAACCACAAAGCAGAUCGUUGCCAUCAAGAUGAUGCGAAACAACGAUGCCCUCCGAAAGGGAGGCUAUACCGAAAUCGCCAUUCUAGAGAAGCUCAACGAAGCUGACCCUGAGGGUCGUAAGCACAUCAUCAAGUUUGAGCACUCGUUCGACUACAAAGGCCAUCUGUGCAUGGUAUUCGAGAACUUGAGUAUGAAUUUGCGAGAAGUCCUCAAGAAGUUCGGCAACAAUGUAGGCAUCAAUCUUGGAGCGACGCGAGCAUAUGCAUACCAGAUCUUUGUUGCUCUGGCACACAUGCGGAAGUGCAGCAUCAUUCAUGCUGAUCUUAAACCUGACAACAUCUUGGUGAACGAUACCCGUAACGUACUCAAGAUUUGUGAUUUAGGUACAGCCAUCGACAAGACCGAUGCAGCGAGUGCGCAUAUGGACGUCACACCAUAUCUCGUCAGUCGGUUCUACCGAGCUCCAGAGAUUAUCUUAGGUAUUCCUUACGACUACUCUGUCGACAUGUGGUCCAUCGGCUGUACCCUGUAUGAGAUGUACACAGGCAAGAUCCUCUUUGCUGGAGACAGCAACAACCAGAUGCUCAAGGCCAUCAUGGAGAUUAGAGGAAGAUUCACACCCAAGUUGUUCAAGCGUGGUCAACUGGCGCCUAUGCAUUUCGACGACAGGGGACAAUUCAUCAGCGUUGAGCGAGACAAGGUUUUGGACAAGACUACCGUCAAGACCAUGGCUGUGGUUAAGCCAACACGGGACCUUCGGACGAGACUCAUGGCUGCGUCGACAGGCAUGAACGAUGCGGAAACGAGGGACCUGAACCACUUCAUUGAUCUUCUUGAGCAUUGUCUCACGCUCAACCCAGAUAAGAGGAUCAAGCCGGCUGAUGCACUGCGCCAUCCCUUCUUUACAUCAAAGGUGGGACCCAUACGCCGCUGA